UUUGCCCGGGGAUGCUCCGGGGGUGGGGCGGGUCGCCUCCUUGCCGGGCUCCUCCCGCUGCCCCGGCGCCUCGGCCACGUCUGAAAGCGGCUCAUUGUCUCUGUAGGCAGCUCGGAUGCGCGACGGUGCCGGGAGGCGGCGGGAAGGUACAGGCAGGCCGCUUUUUAAAGUGCUUCUCCUCGGUGAGAAUGGCAAGGAUUCGGAUUCCUAGCACAAUUGUUAUACUUUUUGUUACGGUUCAGACUGGAUUCUUACUCUUCAUGUAUUCCCGGUACAGUAGCUUCAUGCCUCAGUCUGAGGAGAAACCAUCUCAAGUUCACAUCCUCAUUCUCUCCUCCUGGCGGUCAGGAUCAUCUUUUGUCGGUCAACUUUUCAGCCAGCACCCCAGCGUCUUCUACCUGAUGGAGCCUGCAUGGCAUGUGUGGGUUACAAUGUACCAGAACAGUGCCAAAGUCUUGCACAUGGCAGUGCGGGACCUAGUCAGAUCAGUCUUUCUGUGUGACAUGUCUGUGUUUGAUGCUUACAUGCCUUGGAAAAGAAACUUAUCCGAUCUUUUUCAGUGGGCAGUGAGUCGGGCUCUGUGUUCAGCUCCUGCUUGUGACUCCUUUCAGCGUACUGACAUAACCAGUGAGAUGGCAUGCAAGACUCUUUGUGGACGGUACCCGUUCAGCAAGGUGGAGGAAGCCUGUAAAACUUACAGGCAUGUUGUCAUCAAGGAGGUUCGAUUCUUUGACUUGAAGGUCCUCUACCCCCUUCUCACUGAUCCGUCCCUGAAUCUCAAAAUUAUUCACUUGGUCCGUGACCCCAGGGCAGUCGUCAAGUCACGGGAACAAUCAGUCAAAGCAUUAGCCCGUGACAAUGGAAUUGUUUUGAGUACCAAUGGCACUAAAGUAGAAGACAGCAAGUACAAAGUAAUGGAAGAGAUUUGUAGAAGCCAUGUUCAGAUUUAUGAAACGGCUACUCUGAAACCACCUAAUUUCCUUAAAGAUCGCUAUUUAAUGAUCCGUUUUGAAGAUCUGGUAAGAGAUCCAUUAUCACAAAUCUCAGAAAUGUAUAAAUUUGCAAAUCUUAGUUUGACCCCCACGCUCAAAAGCUGGAUCUAUAAUAUCACACAUGGACAGGGACCAGGAAAAAAAAAAGAAGCCUUCAAAAUCACAUCUCGAGAUGCAGUUAGUGUUUCACAGGCCUGGAGAAAUGUUCUUUCCUUCCAGAAAAUUAAGAAAAUACAAGAAGUUUGCAAAGGUGCUAUAAACAUGCUUGGCUAUCAGCUGGUAGAUUCAGAAAAAGAACAGAGAGAUCUGUCAGUGGAUUUAGUGUUGCCAAGACGACAAAAUCAAUUCAGUUGGUCAUCAUUUAAUCCAAAGCACUGAGAUGUUAUUCUUGAGGGAUCUGGGCGGGGGGAGUAGGUGGUUAAAUAUUUGUCUACUGUGCAGCAUAUAGGUAAUUUGAAAACCCUUGGCUAAUGAGUUUAACUAUAUUCCUGUCUGCUGUUUUCUGUAAUGGAAGGAUGUUGGUUGGUUUUUUUUGGUUUUUUGUUGUUUGGUUGAGAUUUUUUAGUUUCAUACACCACAAAAAGAAAAAAAAGCAUGAUAAAUGCUGCGAGAUGCUUGUCAGAUUACAGAUUUACAGCUGAGCUGUCCUUUUCUCAGCGUUGUUUUAAAAUAUAAUUUAAGUACUUUCUAUUAAAAGAUGAAUUGUCAAAGAUGUUUUUGUUCAUUGAUAAUAGUUCAGUUCUGUUUUCAUGCUUUGAAUAUUUAAGAACCUCUGUUCUUAAUUUGUAUAAAUGGAACAAAGUAGAAACUCGACUCAUUCACUUUCUUCCAGAAUUGCUUGACUUUCUUCUUUUACUUUAAAGUUGUUGUUGCACUGUAUAUUUUUUUUUUAGACUUCUCUUGAUGUUUCUAAUUUUAACAUAAAAGUUGUCCAAGAGCUGGGGCAACUACAGCAGUUCUGUUGUAAAAGGCUUAAGCAGGAACCUCAUUUAUUGAUAGAUUUCUUAGUGGUUUCCCUGGAUUGGCAAAGUUUGCAAUCAGAUACUUGAAUGUGAUGUUGGCCUGGAGUGCCAAAAGCAAAAGAGAUGAAGAAACUUCGAGCAGAGUCACUGUGUGAAUAUCUUGUUAAUGCCACCUCAAUUGUGCGUUCUAACGCCGUGACACAGAAUAGGCACACACUUACUCCUGCAGCACAAUUCAUACCGUUAUCCUCUCUCUUCAGAACUACAAGUUGUUGCUAAUGGAGAUCACGGAGGAAUUUAAAGUGCCAUGGAAAUCUGCAUAUUGAUUAUGCUGCUGUAUGGAACUGAUCAAUUCAAACAACUUUGAUAGCAGAGAUGGACACUUGUGUACAGGGCUUUUGUUUGGAUUUAUGUUUUUUAAUACAGUGCAUCUCAGGA